UGGUCACGUGGGCCUCUUCUGUAGACCAGGAAGUACCGAGUGCUACAAAUCCCCACAAACAUCACCGAAACUGUAACAGCCAGCAACGUUGUGACAGUUUUCUAUAUCGCACGUGUUUUCUAUCGUAUUGUAACAAUGACGGAAGAGGUUUCCUGCUUGAAGGCACGGCUUAAGGAGAAAGAAAAAGAGAUAGUUGCAUUGAAGAAUAAACUGGCAUUAGAAAAGAACCGUUUGAUAGAUCUGCAGCUGCAGGAGAAAGUGACAACACUUCCACCUCUGAAACUCAAGGCAGCCCUGUCCAAUGAAGACAUCAUGCGCUACAGCAGACAGCUUAUUCUGCCAGAGUUUGGUGUACAAGGUCAGCUAAACCUCUCCCAGACAUCAGUGCUGGUUGUGGGGUGUGGAGGACUAGGCUGUCCCCUGGCACAGUAUCUAGCUGCAGCAGGAAUCGGGCGUGUGGGUCUUCUGGACUAUGACGAGGUGGAACUGAGUAACCUGCACAGACAGGUGCUCCAUGGAGAAGACAGCCAGGGCCAGGCCAAGGCCCAGUCUGCUGCCCAUGCUGUCAGAAGGCUGAACUCCACAGUAGAAUGCAUUCCCUACCACCUCCAGCUGUCUCCAGGAAAUGCCUUACAGCUCAUCCAACAGUACGACAUUGUGGCUGACUGUUCGGACAACGUUCCCACCCGGUAUCUGGUGAAUGAUGCCUGUGUCCUCAGUGGCAAGCCCCUAGUAUCUGCCAGUGCCCUGAGAAUGGAGGGCCAGCUGACAGUGUAUAACUACCGUGGAGGCCCCUGCUACAGGUGCCUGUACCCAAAGCCUCCACCCCCAGAGAUGGUGACCAACUGUUCUGACGGAGGGAUCUUAGGAGUAGUGCCAGGGAUCAUGGGAUGCUUCCAAGCGUUGGAGGUCCUGAAGAUCGCCUCAGGACAGGGCUCUUCCUGUGGCCAACAGCUGUUGAUGUUUGACGCCCAGGAUGCCAAGUUCCGGUCCAUCAGGCUGCGGUCCAAGCAGGCCAGCUGUGCUGUGUGUGGAGAGAACCCCACUGUCACACACCUUGUGGACUAUGAGAAGUUCUGUGGUUCUGCUGCCACAGAUAAGUGUCGAAGACUAAACCUUCUCUCCAAAGACCAGAGGGUAACAGUGCAGGAGUAUAAAUCUAUAGUGGACAACACAGCUGCUCAUCUCCUGCUGGAUGUUCGCCCUCUAGUGGAGGUGGAUAUAUGUCACCUGCCCACCUCCCUCAACAUUCCUCUAUCCAGUUUAGAGGACAGGAAAAGUGAACAUAUCCGAGUGCUGAAGGAGAGAAUUGGCAGAGUGAAAGAGCAGAUGUCGAAUGAAUCCCAGGUCCCAGUAUAUGUGAUCUGUAAGCUGGGUAAUGACUCCCAGAAGGCAGUUCAGGUCUUGGAGAAGAUGUCAGGCUCUGAAGUGGACUUUGUCACUGUUAAAGACAUCUGUGGAGGGCUGAUGGCCUGGGCCCAGAAGAUAGACCCCUCUUUCCCACAGUAUUGACUCAACGUCACAGGUUCUGCACUGUGGAUUCAUGACUUUGUUAAUAAACAUGUUCAUAAAUGUCAUCAUAGCGACCAUUUUUCUACCUUGUUUUAUGUAUGCUGGUUGCAUUGGACAUGGCAAAUAUGACUGACAGAUUAAAUUGCAGUUACAUCUUAAAGGUGAGAAGUGAAAGAAAUAGUCAAAUAUCUGCUGUUCAUGUUUUCUGGAUUGUAUUAUAUAUAUAUAUAUAUAUAUAUAUAUAUAUAUAUAUAUAUAUAUAUAUAUAUAACCUUGUUCCAGAUUGUAGAAUUUGUAUAACCCCAAUUCAUUGUGAAGGGGAUGCAGGGUAAUAUGUGUGUGUGUGUGUGUAUAUAUGUUACUUCAUUAUGAAUCUUUUGUUAUUCGGGAACAUUGAUAAAAGUUAACGAAUGUG